GCGGGCCGGGGAGCCAUGCGGAGGGGAGAGCGCAGGGGUGCCGGGGGGCCGCGGACGGGGUCCCCGGUGCCCGCGGGCAAGGCCUCGCUGGAGGAGCCGCCGGACGGCGCACCCGCGGGCCGAGCGCCCGGGCCAGGCCGCCGCAGCACGGAGUCCGAGGUCUACGACGACGGCACCAACACCUUCUUCUGGCGGGCCCACACCCUGACUGUGCUCUGCAUCCUCACCUGUGUGCUGGGCUACGUGACGCUGCUGGAGGAGACCCCGCGGGACACGGCCUACAACAUUAAGAGAGGUAUUGUGGCCAGUAUUUUGGUUUUCUUAUGUUUUGGAGUCACACAAGCUAAAGACGGGCCAUUUUCCAGACCUCAUCCAGCUUACUGGAGGUUUUGGCUCUGUGUGAGUGUGGUCUACGAGCUGUUCCUCAUCUUCAUACUCUUCCAGACCGUUGAGGACGGCCGCCAGUUUCUGAAGUACGUCGACCCCAGGCUGGGGGUCCCGCUGCCGGAGAGGGACUACGGGGGGAACUGCCUCAUCUACGACGCAGACAAUGAGAGCGACCCCUUCCACAACAUCUGGGACAAGCUGGAUGGCUUCGUGCCUGCGCAUUUUCUUGGCUGGUACCUGAAGACCCUGAUGAUCCGCGACUGGUGGAUGUGCAUGAUCGUGAGCGUGAUGUUCGAGUUCCUGGAGUACAGCCUGGAGCACCAGCUGCCCAAUUUCAGCGAGUGCUGGUGGGACCACUGGAUCAUGGACGUGCUUGUCUGCAACGGGCUGGGCAUCUACUGCGGCAUGAAGACCCUUGAGUGGCUAUCCCUGAAGACGUACAAGUGGCAGGGUCUCUGGAACAUCCCGACCUACAAGGGGAAGAUGAAGCGGAUCGUCUUCCAGUUCACGCCCUACAGCUGGGUCCGCUUCGAGUGGAAGCCCGCCUCCAGCCUGCGCCGCUGGCUGGCCGUGUGCGGCAUCAUCCUAGUGUUUCUGUUGGCAGAGCUGAACACCUUCUACCUGAAGUUCGUGCUGUGGCUGCCUCCCGAGCACUACCUGGUCCUCCUGCGGCUGGUCUUCUUCGUGAACGUGGGCGGCGUGGCCAUGCGGGAGAUCUACGACUUCAUGGACGACCCGAAGCUCCACAAGAAGCUGGGCCAGCAGGCCUGGCUGGUGGCGGCCAUCACGGCCACGGAGCUGCUCAUCGUGGUCAAGUACGACCCGCACACGCUCACGCUCUCACUGCCCUUCUACGUUGCCCAGUGCUGGGUGCUCGGCUCUGUGCUCCUGCUCACCUGGACCGCCUGGCGCUUCUUCCUGCGGGACAUCACCCUGAGGUACAAGGAGACCCGGCGGCAGAAGCAGCAGAGCAGAGGCGACCAGGACAGAGACAUUGGCAACAUGGAUGGUCACCUUCCUGGGCCGGACGACCCCCCGGGACCUGGGGAGGCCGAGAGGGAGGGGCGCCGGCUCUGAACUGACGCUGUGCCUUGGACCCACCAGGCACCCAGGCCUGCCGUCCCCUUCAUCCUCCAUGGGGUUCCCACCAGGAGCCUCCCUGCGGGCCUUGGCCUCGCAGUUUUAUCUUCCUUUUCUCCCGUGCACACAGCAGGGCACUGAGAGGAGGGGGUGAAGGGGGUCCCCUUCCCGGGCUUGUGCAUGUGGCAUCUGAACACGUGUGUGCACGUGUGCUCUGUGCUCCUGGUUCCUGAGGCUUCUCUCGGACUGGCAGGUGUUGCGGGGCUCGCCGUGGGCCGGCUAGUACCGGUGGAGCGAGGCCCUGCCCUUCCCCUUAAUGUGCGGGCAGCCCGCUGGCCUGUGGGCCCACACCGAGCCGUCGGGCCCAGACGCCCGGAACUGGGCAGAGGUGUCGCACUGCCCCUUUCUCCACUCCGUGGGCCCCUGGCCACUCUGAGGCCCUGGGAUGUCCAUGCUGGCCCCGUCAAGCCCCUGGGUGGCACGUGUAAAGGCUGAGAAGGGGCGCGUCCAGGUGGGCAGCCCCGAGCCUGUGUCUUCGAGAGCCUUUGUCUAAUCUGACUGACCUGGAGGGCGUGUGGGUGGGGUCCGAGGUCACCAGACUGGCCUCUCGAGGGGCGUCAUGUCAGAAACUCUGAGGUCCGGUGCCCACGGUCGGGAGGAGGGGUCGUGGGUCUGUGUGGCCUGAGCGGAAGGUCAUUUCCACGAGCAGAUAGAACAAAUAAAGUGACGAUGAAGGUCUGCA